CGGUCAAAGGUCCCUUCUGCCGGCCGUGUCUAUCUUCAGAGAACAUGCCUUUGUAUCAGUUACAUGAUAGCGUUGUGAGCUGGGAUAGGGCUGGAUGCUGGUCCCGUGCAUUGACCAGACGAGGAACCACGGCUGCCAUCGCCGCCACGAGGCGUUCCGGUGCCAGAGAAUCCAGGCUCCGUCCCCGACCUCCUGAUCGCUUUGGAGCCGGCGGACGGCUAUGGAGCCGCUGUCAGGGAAGAAGAGGAUGGGUUGGAAUGUAGCAAGAUGAUAGAGAUAAAACCAGAUAUCCAACUGGCUAUAAAGACAGUAUCUCAUCUCGUCCUCAAGUCUGGUAGAACAACAACGACGACCA